AUGAAGGGUGGUGAUGCUAAGGUGGUUUUGGCCAUCAUGGUUGGACUAGCUGUGCUACUCAUGCUUAUGGCGGAGCCUGUGUAUGGUACCAUUGAUUGCAACCAUGUGAAGUCAUCAGUUUCUCCUUGCGUACCAUAUCUCACCGGUAAUGCUCCUAAGCCGUCAGCCAAUUGUUGCAACAAUAUCAGUGCUCUAAAAAAGGAAGCUUCGACGACUGCUGAUCGGCGUGCAGUUUGUGAGUGUCUUAAGGCCGCCGCUUCUACCGUCCCCGGCCUAAAGAAAGACUUGGCCGUGGGACUUCCUAAGCAAUGUGGUGUUGACACUGGCAUUCCAAUUUCUCCUGACACCAAAUGCAGCGAGUGA